AUGCCGGAGGAGGGUUGCCUCUUGUACUGCUGCUUGAGCAAGGUGGAUUUCGCGAGGCAGAUGCCCCCUUUCGACGAAUGGGGACUACGCCCGGCCGGUCUUGAAGGGCCUCGUGAGAACCCGGUCUCCAUGGCUCCCUUGCCCGCCACCGGCGCGGCGACAUCCCUGGAAGUGGGCGCAGGGGGGCGACCAUCAUCGGCCACUGGCGACGCGGCUGCCGAGGCAUCGGCGCCGCUCGGGGCUCCCGGAGGGCCGACCCACGGCUCCCUGGAGAGUCGUCCUGAUGAAGCGGCCGAAGGGGCGUCGCAGCCCGAUGCUCCUGAGGCCACAGCCCCCGACGCCCCGGCGGGUCGCCGCGAGGCGGAGGGCAAGGUCUCCACACAGUAUGGCACCCCUGAGGUCACCUCCUCAGGAGCUUCCCCAGCUGAGCCCGGAGUUGGUGACUGUAACCUGGGCUUCGGCUGGCUUCGGCUGAACUUCGAUGCGCUCCGGAAGAGGAAAGGGUCUCCAAGCUGCAGCGGUGAUGCCUUUCGGCCAUUGAAACAGAGGAAAUACAACGCCGUAGACGAGUGA